AUGAUCGAGGGUCUCACGCGCCUCGAACUAAGAGAGAAUGCCGAGGAGAUCGACGUGGUGCCAGUGAUUAAAACCAGACAGGCGGUUCGAAUGAUGGGUUACCAAAUAGAAAAUAUAUUGGAUGUUUUAAAGAUAGAAGGCUUCAUGCCGCACGAUUCAAAAGAGAAGUGGGAAGAGGUUGUGGCGGAGCUACGUGACGGCGCCGAUGAUAUUUUGUGGGUACCGCAGCUAUCGUGCGAGUAA